CCAGUCAGGAGCCGAGGUGAAUCUGAAGGCAAAAAGCAAUAUGAGCUAAGGUAUAAGAGUAGGCACACCUGCGCUUGGAAUAUUCUUCACAGGCAACUACCACAACAUUCAUUUCACUCCAAUAGUCCACCAGCCUCUCUCACCAUGAAGUUCUCUAUCGUCACUCUGCUUUCCGUCAGUGCUCUGGUUGCGGCCGCACCCGUCGCAGACCCAGAGCCUAGCUUGGACACACGCCAGGCUACUGAGAGCAUCCACGAUGCCAUGGUAGCCAAGGGAAAGAAGUACUUUGGUACUUGCGCCGACCAAGGGCGUCUCAGCCAAGGCAAGAACCAGGCCAUCAUCAAGGCCAACUUCGGACAAGUCACACCCGAGAACUCUAUGAAAUGGGAUUCCACAGAGAGCUCCAAGGGCAACUUCAACUUCGCUGGUGGAGACCAGCUCGUCAACUUUGCCACCACCAACAACAAGCUUGUGCGCGGACACACUACUGUUUGGCACUCACAGCUUCCUGGAUGGGUGUCACAGAUUCGUGACAAGAACACUCUCACCGAUGUCAUGAAGAACCACAUCAACAAGCUUAUGGGCCAAUGGAAGGGCAAGAUCUACGCCUGGGAUGUCAUCAACGAGAUGUUUGAGGAGAAUGGCAACUUCAGGGCCAGUGUCUUCUACAAUGUUUUGGGAGAAGACUUUGUGAGAAUUGCUUUUGAGACUGCCCGUGCUGCGGACCCGGCGGCCAAGUUGUACAUCAACGACUACAACCUCGACCAAGCCAACUACGCCAAAACCCAAGGUAUGGUCCGCAACGUCAAGAAGUGGAUCGCUGCCGGCAUUCCCAUCGAUGGCAUUGGUUCCCAGGGUCACUUGACAUCUGGCCAGGGUGCCAACGCUCCCGCCGCCAUGGCCGCGCUCUGCGGCGCUGCCCCCGAGUGUGCGCUCACCGAAGUUGACAUCCAGAACGCCCAGUCUGCUGACUGGACCAACGUCGUCAAGGCUUGCAUGGGCCAGAAGAACUGCGUCGGUAUCACUGUGUGGGGUGUUAAGGACAACGACUCUUGGAGGCCCCAAGGAAACCCUCUGUUGUUCGAUUCCAACUCCAACCCCAAGGCGGCCUACACUACUGUGCUCCAGGCUAUCAACUCGUCUUAA